AGCAGAGACCUCAAGCUUGCACACGCACACCGGCCUAUCUGCGUUGCUCAUUCAUAGCCUCCUUCACGGGCAAAAUCCUUGCAAUGGCGAACCAUGGCACCGCCGCUAUUGUGAUCGCGUUCCUCCUCGUCACCGUCACCCUGGCGGACGCAGCCCCGGUGGGGUCGCUGCUGACCUGCACCAAGGCGUACGGGGUGAAGGAGCGGGAGACGUGCUUCGCCGUGGCGCAGGCUACCGGUCUGACCCUGAAUCAGUUCCUCAGCUUCAACCCCAACAUCAACUGCCACAACCUCUUCAUCGGCCAGUGGGUCUGUGUCGCCGCCGUUACCGCUUGAUCGAGUUUUUGCUGGCACCCUGGUCGAUCGAGCACAACGUAACGUCGUUACGUUCGUGCUAUAUACCCCUUUAUAUUUCGCCAGGAAAGAAUGUUUGUGCUAUGAAUAAGGAGAUCUCUCUUAUAUACGCUUACCUCUAAGAGCCUUAGUUUACUAUAACUAAGAUCGGCUGAAUUUGCUACUUCCUCGUAUUGUUGUGGAGUAAUCUGUCACUCUG